CUUGCUCCCCUGUUGCUUGUACCCCGAUCUUCGCAUUUCUUCAAUAACGUACGGUACGUGUAGAAGCAAUUUGGCAUCAGCGCAGGGACGUUUCUGGUACAUUUCGCGAUACACCAAACCGAACAGGGGGGUCUUUGUUUUCUUUCCCCUUCCAUCCCUCGCCGAUCCUACCCACAGGCAUUCUAGGCCGUGGGCGACAACGCGAAAAACACCGCGAAGCUGUUUUCGUCGACGAUUCGACAGACCCUACGUUCCAGCGUGGGUGGAUUGUCCCUGGCAGCUGCAGCGACCACUCUCAAGAAGAACACGGCGAAACCUAUAGAAUUGGGUGCGAGCGCAAGAAAGAUGCAUAGCAAGGUUGUCAUUAUCGGCUCCGGGCCUGCUGCCCAUACCGCUGCGGUCUACCUGGCUCGUGCGGAGCUGAAGCCCGUCCUAUAUGAAGGCUUCCUCGCCAACGGCAUCGCGGCCGGCGGUCAACUUACGACGACGACCGAUGUCGAGAACUUCCCCGGUUUCCCCGACGGCAUCAUGGGCCAGGAGCUCAUGGACAAGAUGCGGCAGCAGUCCCUGCGCUUCGGCACGGAGAUCGUCACGGAGACGGUGUCCAAGCUAGACCUCUCGUCGCGGCCGUUCAAGUACUCGCUCGAGUGGUCGCCGGACGAGACGCACACGGCGGACGCGAUCAUCCUGGCGACGGGCGCCUCGGCGCGGCGGCUGGGGAUCGCGGGCGAGGACAAGUACUGGCAGAGCGGCAUCUCGGCGUGCGCGGUGUGCGACGGCGCCGUGCCCAUCUACCGCAACAAGCCGCUCGUGGUGGUGGGCGGCGGCGACUCGGCGGCGGAGGAGGCGCUGUUCCUGACCAAGUACGGCAGCCACGUCACGGUGCUCGUGCGGCGCACCGUGCUCCGCGCCAGCGCCAUCAUGGCCAAGCGGCUGCUGGCCCACCCCAAGGUCACGGUGCGGUUCAACGCCGCGGCCAAGGAGGCCCAGGGCAACGAGCAGGGCCUCAUGACCCACCUUGUCGUCAAGGACACCGUCACGGGCCAGGAGGAGACGCUCGAGGCCAACGGGCUCUUUUACGCCAUUGGGCACGAGCCCGCCACGCAGCUGGUGAAGGGGCAGAUUGAGACGGACUCGGAGGGCUACGUCAUCACCAAGCCCGGGACGCCGCUCACGAACAUUGAGGGCGUGUUUGCGGCCGGGGAUGUGCAGGAUAAGCGGUACAGGCAGGCCAUUACCAGUGCAGGUUCUGGAUGCCAGGCUGCGUUGGAUGCCGAAAAGUACGUCACUGAGCUGUACGACCCGAGCGUCCAGGCGGAGUUGAACGGGAAGAAGGAGUGACUAGCAGCACCCAAUCUAUAACGUUCAAGCGGACUGCGGACCAUAUAGAAGG